GGAGGAUGGGGAGGGGAAGGAUUUGGUUGGCGGAGCUGCGCGGGGCGGAGCGAAGAGAGAUACCCGGAAGUGCUGGCCGGGGAGCUCGUAGCCGAUGAAGCUUGUGUUUUGCUGAUGAAGACAGUGGAGGGCUGAGGACUCUGGAAGGGCUCACGUUCAGCAAAGAAGCCUUGUCCUGCUGUGUCCCGACUUGCUGAUCUGAGUUGGCUGUUUUCUCCCUGGUGACAAAGUCCCUCUCCUCACAGCUGUGACCUGCCGGCACAGGCCCAGGAAGGGGUGUCUGCUUAGAAGAGACAUUGAUCAUCAGUGUCUAUGAUUGGGGCAGUUCCCUGAGAAGGAUCUUGCAUGUUGUACCCCUGAGGAAGUGCAGCAUAGUGUCUGGUCCAAGCCCUAGAUCAAAUCAGUUGGAUUUGUACAGUUAUUCACAAUUAAUUCUCAUGUCAACAGAAAGCUCAACCAUCACAGUUCGUCUUGUUCGCUCUUUUGAGCACCGGAAUUUCAGACCGGUGGUGUAUCAUGGAGUUAACUUGGAUCAGACAGUGAAGCAGUUCAUUGCUUUUGUACAGAAGGAUGUGCCUUCAAGAACAGGAAUUCCUCCUCCUUUUAAAAAUUACAAGUAUGAUACAAUGAAGAUUAUUCACCAAGCACACAGGUCUAAGACCAAUGAACUUGUAGUGAGUUUGGAAGAUGAUGACAAACUCAUUUUGAAAGAAGAAAGCACGCUGAAAGCAGCCGGAGUAGCAAAUGAAACCGAAUUAGCAUUCUUCUGUGAGGAAGAUUACAGAAACUACAAAGCUAAUCCUGUUUCGGCCUGGUGAAGAUCCCAAGAGAUUGUUUUGUUUUCCCUUACCUGUUGUAAAUUCUCCUUAUUCUGCUUAAUAAGAUUUUUUUUAAAGAUCAAUAAAUCCUACAGGACUGCUUUACAAA